CUGCGGUCAAAGAAAGUUGCAUAAAUCACUCCGUCGAUGGAGGCGGGAGGCAGCACCGGGCUUUUGAUGGACUUGGCAGCCAAUGAAAAGGCAGUUCAUGCAGACUUUUUUAAUGAUUUUGAAGAUCUCUUUGAUGAUGAUGACAUCCAGUGAGGUGCCGUCCAGCUACUGACACAGCCAGGCCCCUGUUACAGAGCCUUCUUGGCCUCAGAGAACUGUGGAAAUCACAUGAAAUUAAGACUUGGUUAGCCAAGAGAGAGAAGAGUAGUUUUAACUCUGAUGUGACCAGGUUUUGUUCUUAUUUCAAUUAAACAAAAGUAUCAUCAAAUGGUAA